AUCAUCACAAUCUGUCAGACAAUUUACUUGAUUGGAUUAAUCAUACGUAUCACACGGACAUAGUGAUACAGAUAUAUAAACUAUAUUUCACGUACACAUAGUAUGGUGUAAGUUAUAGCAGUCGACUGAACUUAAUUUCGAAUACAUUGAAAUGAAAACCCACACAUCGAUUCGGCGAAGGAUGCUCAGAGUUAAGUCAACACUAUUAAAGAUUGUUGCAGCGUUGAUACUGUUGGCUUAUACGUUGUCGAGUCGAGACUUGGGGCUGAACACGCUUUAUAAAUGGACGAAGCAAGAACGUUUGAAUUAUGAAAAGCAAGGUAACUCGACUUUUCACGGAAAAGAUUUUCAACAUUUAAAACAUCUCACGGAACACAAAAACAAUAGCGAUGAUAAGCAAGAUAACUUGCCGUGUAUGAUUCGAGCCCUGGACCCUUGGGACGAGUCAUUGAAGCCUUACAUCUGGAAUCCAGCGCCGCUAACGUGCACGGAACUGCAUGACUUGUUCUAUGUUCAAGAGGGCGGAUUUGUGCGUGUCAAUAACAGCUAUGCGAUCCAAAACGACAUCGUGUGGACCAACUGGAAUUGCUUUUUACAAAACGUAAGUCGGUUACCUGGAGACCAACAUAUCAUUUUUGGUACGAGAACUUUGUUGAAUUUCUCUAUUGUUGUUAAAAGUCAUUGGUUUAGGAUCACAUGCGAAGAAAGUGCGACACAGUCAACCGAGACUAAAAAAUCUAGUAAUACACACGUGGACAGAACAGUCUAUGAUAUGAUGCAUUUUAAUCCUUAUUGGAACGACCUUGCAAAGAGACCAAGUGAGGUUGCGGAUGAGAGUGAAGACAAACCGAGCGUCAUUAUUCUGGCUAUGGACUCCCUUUCGAGGUCAAAUGCAAUGAGAAACCUGCCAAAGUCCUUGAAAUACCUGAAAGAGGAACUUAGGGCUUACGAUUUUAUUGGUUACAGAAAGGUAGGGCUAAAUUCUUUCCCUAACGCUGUGCCUCUGCUAACUGGACACCCACACACGAAAUUUCCUCAAGUUGAAUCUCGUUUUCUCGAUGACUUACCUUUCCUGUGGAACAGCUUUUCAAAAUUAAGAUUAGGAACAUUUUUUAUUGAAGACAGCAAAGAUAUUUCUAUGUUCAACUAUUUAUUACGUGGGUUUUACAAUCAACCAUGUGAUUACUAUUUUCGCCCUUUUGACCUUGCCUUGCAUUCAUUUGAGCCCGUCGUCAGAGACCCACUAGGAAAACCAACUGCGCAUUGUUAUGGGAAACGAAACUACUUUGAUUUGAUGAAAGAAUAUUUAAAGGGCUAUUUAAAAGUGUACCGUACCAAACGUAAGUUCGGAAUAUUAUUUUCAACGCACGUCAGUCACGAUUACUUCAAUAUGAACCAAAAUGUCGACGAAAUGUUUCUGGAAUUGCUCCAGUGGAUGAAAAGAGAGGUAAAUCUUGACAAUACUUUGCUGCUUUUCCUGAGUGACCAUGGCUUUCGAAUGGGCGGCCCAGCGUUGACACACAUUGGUCGAGCCGAGAAUAACAAUCCUGUACUAUUGGUGCAUGUACCCCUCAACCUUAGGGAAAACAGAAGCGUGGACAAUGUGCUCCGGGAAAACACAGAGAGACUGGUGAGCCAUUAUGACAUAUACCAGACCAUGUAUGACAUGAUCGCCUAUGGGGGAAUUCCAUCGUCCACACAAACAGAAGUCAAGAACAAGUUAGUGCGACGGAAUAUAUUUAGUUCUAUACCCGCUGAUAGAACGUGUUCCGAUGCGGGGGUCAAUCUCGAAUUUUGCACGUGUAACAAUAAAUGGAAUGUUUUCAAUGAUUCAAAAACUGCACAUAUAUUAGCGCCAUAUCUUGUCAAUUAUAUAAACCAUAAGCUUAGUCAUAAUAGAGAAAAAUGUGCUCUGCUAUCACUUCACAACAUAUCUGACGUUUUAGUUGAGUAUUCAACUUAUGACGUCAUUAACCUUCACGAACACGUACAACAAGUAUGGACAUCAGCGCAAAAUCGUAGUGGAAGAUACACCUUGGUUAUUUUUACACAGCCCGGACUUGCCUGCUUCGAAGGGCUUCUGGAUUACUCAUCCGAGUCAGGUGCGAUCAAGAUAAUAGGAGAACCAAUCCGACUCAACAUUUAUGGGAACCAAUCUCACUGCGUCAUCGAUCAACGCAUAAGCUCUUUAUGUUAUUGUAAAGACAUCGUCCAUUACAGUAAAUAGAAGUCAGUGGUAUGAUGUUUUCUCUCUAAACACCAAAUGACUUUGUCCACAUAAGAUUGAUUCCUGUUAAACAAACUGAAUAAACAACAUUGGAUACAAACAAAAGUCUGAGAAAGAAAUUAAAAACAAAACUCAACCGACAUUAAAAUCGUCGUAAACUUUAAACGAGAAAUGUCAAUAUUGUGCCUGAAAUACUCCCCGCAUCUCUUUUUAGCGGGUAAAGGCAGUUCAGGUUAAGAACUGGCGCCAUUACCAUGCAAUCGUCAAAACCAUAAAGUUUGGAUUUAGUAACUCAUAUUAUAGUCGAAUAUUGACACUCACAGUGGUAAAUACUGUGAAUUUAUGAUAGCAGGACUUAUCAUCGCUCUUAUUAACAAUGUUUUGCAUUUAUAGCAGUGUUAUCAAUUAUUAUUUAAUCAACCUGUAAAAUGAUACAGCCUGCACACAGAUACCCAACAUUUUCUCUGUCAAUGCGAACAUAUUUGACAAAACGAAAAUAAUAUGUUUGUUUUCAAUCUACAAUUACCCGAAUCUCUUUUAUGGUGAAUGGGUCGCCCCUUGCUAUGAAAUAAGCAUUGUUUUUAUUAUUUAAGCAUCCAUAGUACACCCGAUCUACUUUACAGCAAAAAAUAAAGUUAUUAAAGUCCAGUUGCAAGUGACGAUUUGUUUUAAAACCAAUUAAAGGUAGUUUUUAUAUUAACACCAAGCAUAAUUGAAAUAAAUAACAAUCCAAAAAUGCAUUAAGCUAAAUACGCAGGACAAAAGGCCUACCGCACGUUACCCAAUUGUUCCCAGUCUCUGUACAUCAAUAUGAAAUCGAUACUGUUGUUCAAGUGUUGUUUUCUAUAAUUUCAAAACACGUAAAUCCUCAGUACACACCUUUUGACACUAUGAUUAAGAUGAAAAAACAACAGAAAACAAACGCAGAUCGUUUGCAGAAAUUAAUUUAGGUUUGUAAUAAGAAAUUAUGCUAUAAAAAUAGGCCUGACUCCAGAGUAUAAUUAUAUUCCGAUAUUGCGGGGAUUGUUUUACAUAUGAAUUUAAAGUGCAGCAAGAAUUGUAUUUUUAGAAAGAUAUUUUGCGUUUAUGCUGAUAAUGGAAAUAAAGUCAAACACUGACGUUUCUUGAUAAUUGAAUUAAAAAAAAACAAAUGCAGAUGGAUAUGUUUUUGAUAGUUUUCGCUUAUGCAUCGCAUGAAAUUUAUAUGAUGAAUUUUUGCAUACUUAUUUACAUGUAAUUGUAAAUGUAUAUUUAUAUAGUUUAUUAUUAUCAUUACAAUUAUUAUUUGCCAUAUGCGUUUUGUAAAUAUAGACAUCAACCAACAAUUAAGUAUUUAAGUCCGAAUAUUAGAAGACAUACUGACCGCACAUUGCCCUUAUUCCCUGGGAGAUAAUGUUACAUUCAAAGUGUAUAAUUGAACAUAUUGAACGCUUGCUUCAGUAAACCUGAAUACUUAAAAAUAUGCGAAAGUCAACAUAAAACUGUUUAUAACGAGAGCGCCGACGGCGUUGAAGGUAUAUUGGCAAGAUACAGGGAAGUUUCUGCUGAGGUAAAUGUUUAAAGAACAGUUGAAUAAAUGAAAAUCUAAAAUGCUAUCAACAAAAAAUUGUUUUUUAUCAUAAGUUCAAAUAAAUGAAACAAGUGAUACAAUAUUGCAAACCAUAUACAAUAUCAAUCGGAAAAUCAGAAAUAUGUAUCAAGGGAGCUUGGUAUUUUUCAGAAUUGUUAGACGUUUAUUUAUGCUGUUGUUUUAAUAAACGUUAUAAUUACAUCCUUACUUUUUACAAAACUGACCGAUUUUGUCAUUCGGAAGCUUAUGUCAAACUGAUAUCUUAGUGUUUUUUUGGUACUACUCAUUAGAUUGUUACGAUCGUUUCAUUUUCAUAUAUGCAG